UGCGUCUUGACGCAGCGGGUUGCCGCUGGUGCGUCAGGAGGAGACGGGCGGAGAGAUGCCAUAACAGCAGCAGCAUCAGGACCAGAGAGCGAACCCCCAGCAGAGACCCGAACCUCGUCCGAGCUCCGGCCCUGCGGGUCGCCUCCCAUGCUCCACCCGCCCCGCAGUGCGGCAGUGCGGGAUCCUAACGCAGGACAGCGGCGGGGAGCGGCGGCAUCUGGAGCGGAGGAUGCACUGCGGUUUGUCGGCAGGCCUGUGAAGAUGAGCGUGACGUCAUGGUUCCUGGUGAGCAGCUCCGGCACGCGGCACCGCCUCCCCAAGGAGAUGAUCUUCGUCGGCCGCGAGGACUGCGAGCUCAUGCUGCAGUCGCGCAGCGUGGACAAGCAGCACGCCGUCAUCAACUACAACCCAACAACCGACGAACACCUGGUGAAAGACCUGGGCAGCCUGAAUGGGACAUUUGUGAACGACCUGCGGAUCCCUGAUCAGACCUACAUCACACUCAAACUGUCCGACAUCAUUCGCUUCGGAUACGAUUCUCACGUCUACGUUCUGGAGAAAAGUCAACACAAAGUCCCAGAGGAGGCGCUGAAGCAUGAGAAGUACAGCAGUCAGCUGCAGAUGAGCCUGAAGGCUGCAGAGGGGAGGAAGAGCGAUGAAGAGGAGGGACAGCGAGGCGACAAAACGACGAGCACAAAGAGCAUCACACAAGAAACCCCGGUGAGUCGGCCCACGCCUCUGUAUGGCCAGCCCUCCUGGUGGGGAGAGGAGGAUUAUGGGAGUAAAGUCCAAGGCAGUGACGAGCCUCAUUCAGGUAGAUGGUUGUUCAUCAAACAUCUGGAGGAUUCGUACUUGUGUCUCAUCAGCUGUUGUGUCUAUAAACCAGAUUUUCCUGGCUCUCUCUCCGACGCCCAACCAAAGACCAUCUUCCCUUCCUACCACCGCGAGCCCAGCUACUUCGAGAUUCCCACCAAGGACUUCCAGCACCAGAAAACCUCAGAGGCGGAGCUCCAUGAGAUCCCCACCAAGGACACGGACGCCCCCAACGCCCCGCCCUCCCCGCCAACCCCGACCCCGCCCGUCGUGCAGAGCCACGCCUCCUUCACCAUCGAAUUUGACGACUGCAUGCCUGGCAAGAUCAAGAUCAAAGACCACGUCACCAAGUUCUCGACUCGCCAGAGGAAGGGUCAGGCGCCCCCCGCCAAGACCGCCACCACCACUGCACCCGUAGAGAUGAUGUCAGCGCAGAGCAAGGUGGCUGAUUGGUUGGUCCACAGUGAUGUCAGCAUGAUGAGGAGGCAUCCGCCAUGCGAGGACGUCUACAGCACCAAGAGUGACCUUGCCAUGAACAUCAAGACCCUAAAAGGUCAUCAUCAUGAGGAUGGAACCCAGAGUGACUCUGAAGACCCGGUUCUCAAAGCCAAAAGUAAAUCCCAGCACUCUGUCCAGUCAGAGCAGCCUGAUAAACCUCAGCAGACUUUCCAGUCCAGUCAGCAGCCGGUUCCAGCACAGAAACUCCACCAUGUGCUGCAGUACUCUCCGCCCAGACAGGCCCCUGCCUCAGCUGUGGCCCCUGAUCAGCCCCUGUCCCAGAGCCCUCCCCAGCCACCGUCGCCCACAGAAAUGUCCAAACAGGGACUGUCUGAGCACCUCACCCAGCAGGCCUUCAUCAUCGAGUUCUUUGACGACAACCCGCGCAAGAAGCGUUCACAGUCCUUCACCCACAACCCCGCUCACGGCGACUCUUACUCCACCCUCAAGGCCAAGAUGGAGCGACGGAAAGGCGGCGAGAGGCCGGCAUCGAUGCAUGGACACAUCCCUCCCACUCAGCAAGUGACGGUUCCCCUGAAGGGUCAGGGCCACAGUGGCCCUCAGAGGUCAAGCUCUCUAAAGCGGGAGAAGACAGAAGGGGAGGCAGGUUCAUCAGGCUCCUCCUCUCGCUCUUCAUCAGGCAUCAUCAUCAGACCUUUUGGCAGUGUUGGGAAGAAGUCAAAGCUUGCCCAGGAGUUUGCUGCAGAGUUCCUGAAGGACUCUGGUCAGAAGGAUUCCUCCCCAACCAGAGACAAAGUCUCUCCUCCACCGAUGUCUGCCCCACCAGUGAUGGUUUCGCCCCCUCAUGCCCAGAUCCCUUCCCCACAGGAACCUCCAGCACUUUCUUCAGUUUCCUACCCCUCAUCCCCGUUACAACCUCCAGUAGCCUCAAAGUCCUUCAAACCAGCCACUGGUCCAGCCCAGGUGGCUCCUCUGGGCCAACCAUCUGGACCACACAUGUCCCCCAUGUUGUCUUUGGGAGUCCAUGGGGGAGACCCCAAAAUUUCCCAGAGGAUUGUGAGGAAUGAGGAAGAUGACAGCCUGAGUGAUGCCGGGACUUACACCAUAGAGACCGAGUCGCAAGACAAGGAGGUGGAGGAAGCCCGCAACAUGAUUGAUCAGGUGUUUGGCGUCCUUGACUCUCCAGAGUACAGUGACGCGACCACAGGAGUCUAUAGACCGGUCAUACAUGAAGGCAAAGAUGAGCACCAUACCUUGCCUGGUGAUGGUACCAGUGUGGACCUAUUGCAUGGCUUUAUCCCAGCAGCUGUCAGUGCCCCCCCAACAGGUCCCAUGCAGGUUCAGAUUCACGCAGCCGAUCUUGAAGGACCUAAAUGGGUUUCUCGGUGGGCCAGUCUGGCUGACAGCUAUGCUGAACCUGGUUCUACUCCUCCUCAAGGGGAAUGUCUUGAAGAUUUGCGUUACAUGAGUCAGUCAGUGGGAAGCUACAGCUAUGACACCUCAGAGUCAGAGACGAGCCACAGCUCCAGGACCAGAAGGCUGCUGCCUCAGGUUCCUCCAGACAAGGUGGAAAGUGUCACUCCAAGCAUCCUGAUACGGCAUGAAUCCUACCAAGGUCAUAAAUCUGUGGAUAGAGUUUACGUUCCUCCCUGUUCCCAAGACUCCACCCAGCACCUAGCCAUUCAGGAUGACGUGGACCCAGACAGUCUCAGCGAUGCCAGUCGCUCUGAGGAUGGACCCGCUCUGGUUAAUGCAAAGAAAAUUGAUGUAAUUACCGGAAAUGUGUCCCCAGUUGCUCCCGGCUAUCAGUUUAAAGUUCAGGAGAAAGUUUCUCCAACCAACAAAUCCACCUUCUUCUACAUUGGUGCCGAGGAUCAACCAGGCAAGCCUGAACAGGCCCGAAGCCCCGUACAGGGUGAGAGGACUCGAGAACCUCCGGCUAAAACUCCUCCAACAACAGUCUUGAUCCGUCACUUGAGUGGACAUGAACCCAGAAGGACAGGCGUCAAACCCAACAACUCUGCUCCAAAUCUCCAAACACAAGACAAAGACUCUGUUCCUACAAAAGACAGCUACAUCGUCCGUCAAGAAAGUUUCACCAAAGAUCGACCCAGUGACACCGUCCAGAUGAAGAAGCUUCCCCACAUCUCCAGCCACCCUUCCAUUAGAGAUAUGGAACAGAGCAUCCAGGAAACACAGCCCUUCCUUCAGGAGUCAGAGGGAGCGCUGUCCUCUCUGGACACCAAGAUUCCUUCUUCUGGUUCUGGUCGUAGCUCAAAGAAAGAGGGUUCCUCCACCCACAUGGAUGAUUCUCUCUCUGGUGAGUCAGAUGUGGAUACAGCUAGCACCGUGAGUCAGGUGAGUAGCAAAAAUGCUCCUGUUAACUCCACGUCUAAAAAGCGACCUGCCAUAAGCAGCCUUCAGAAGGAGAAGUCCUCUUCUAGCCCGUCUAUCCAAGAAAAGGGUCGACAGCUAAGUGCUCGAGAGCGGCUUUCUGAGAAACGACGCACACAGACAACAACUGACGUGCCAAGCAAGGCAGAGGCAACAAAGCGUUUCCAGAUGCGCCGCAGUACAGGAAACCGUGGUUCUCUGGAUUUAUCCGAAGGUCAACAAGGUACUGCACCUAACUGGACUGAAACUACUUCAUCUGAUCACGAAAUUUCACAUCCCUCCAGCCGUACCAAGAAAGUUAUUGCCCCUCUACAGAAAGAGGACAAUGGAAAGACACCUAAGUCAGCAGCUCAACAGGUUUUAACUCGUUCUAACAGCCUGUCAGCACCAAGGCCAACUCGAGCGUCCAUGCUGCGACGCGCCCGCCUCGGUGACGCCUCAGACAAUGAGGGCACAGAGACCGAUCGGACCUCCCAGAACUCUGAUCAUAUUUCCGCACCCCCUAAAGCUGAAGGUAAGAAGCUGUCCAGGCUGGACAUCUUGGCGAUGCCUAGGAAGAGAACCGGCUCAUUUACGACUCCAAGUGACAACGAAUCCUCGACAAGUCGGUCUGGCUUCUCUGGUCGCAACAGUGAACCAGGUGUCACAGCAAGGAAGACGUCUGUUGGUGAUGCUCGCCAGGCAGCCAGUAAAGGCGGCGGAGCUCCGGUGAAGCAAACACUGUCACGUACCCGAUCAAGCGGAGUUAAGCACCCCAGUGGUGGGUUGCGUCGCAAACAGAAGGGCUCAGACUUCUCAUCUUCCUCUGAGGAAGAAUACGACACAAACACUGGCUUCUCCAAAGCGAAGCGAUCCUCUCAUUCAAUGACCGCUGGCCAAUCACAGCGCAGCCAGAGGACAGCUGCUAGCAGAACCAAGUCUGUCUCCCUGGAAACCGAGGAGGACGAGGACCAGAACGACGUCGACCCGUACCAGAACUGGUCGACUCACAGCGCUGAGAUUGCCAAGCUCAGUCAGGACCUGGCCAAAGAUCUGGCCAUCUUGGCGAAGGAGAUCCAUGACGUUGCCGGGGAUGGGGAUCCUCCUCCCACCACCACCUCCCCUAGUUCAAUCCCCAACACGCCAGGCUCCACCAUCUCUGCCCGGGAGGAGACGCCAUGUGUUGCAUUUCUCCACGGGGUUCGACCGGCUCAGCUGGUCCAUCGUAUUCCUGAGGCCAGCUUAAACUUCCAGAAGGUUCCUCCAGGUUCUGCGGCCAUCUUGGACCUGGACGCUAAUAUGAAUGAGGCAGAGCCCACUUCUUUGCAACGCCGUCCGUGGAACCGUGAAGAGGUGAUCCUGGACAACCUGAUGCUGAACCCGGUUUCCCAGCUGUCCCAGGCCAUCCGGGAAAACACCGAGCAGCUGGCUGAGAAGAUGAAGGUUUUGUUCCAGAACAAAGCAGAUGUAUGGGAGGAGAUUGAGGCCAAGAUCAACACUGAGAAUGAAGUUCCCAUUUUAAAAACCUCCAACAAGGAAAUUACCUCCAUUUUGAAGGAACUGAGACGAGUCCAAAGGCAGCUGGAAGUCAUAAACACCAUCGUGGAGCCUGGUGGGGGUCUUCAGGCGGCCGCCAUCACAACGCCGUCUCUGACUCAAACUCGCCAAACCACCAAGGAGAAGAAACCCGCGACCAGAACCCGAACCUCCAACGCCAACGAAAGCACCAAGCGACCGCCUCGUGGGCCUGAUGGGUCCCACCACGCGCCCUGAGCGGGCAACCGUAGCACAUCGGGACAGACGUCGUGCAUCCACGCCACUGCGGUGUGAGACGGAGUCCCGCUGGGCGCUGUGUUUGGACCGGCGUGGUGUGGAUGCGCUGAACCUGUCCAGAACAAAGCACCCAUCUGUGCCCAGUGAUUUCAUCAGAACAUCGUGAUUGGCCACAGUGUAUCUUCGUAGAGCUGCUUUCUCGUCGCACAAGCUCAACCAAACUUAGUCAACACAGCUGCUCUCACCACGGCGUUCUGCGGACAGAACUGUACAGAAGUGUAUUAAUAACUUUGUGCUUUGACGAUCUGUUGUGUUGCAUUUGAACAGAGGAUAGAAACAUCCUAAUAGCAUUCUGUGUAUCUUUAUAAGGUUUUACCUUUCUGCCCGUCAGAUGGGUCCCACGCUGCUUCCACACUUCAUGGACCGGGUCCAGUAGAACACCUGCUGAAUGUUUCUCAGUUCUGCUGCCUGACCGACGACAGCCAGGCUCUCCGCCUGCUCCAUCUCGCUGGGAUUGUGCUGCUUCUGCUGAAUGUUGCGAGUGUUGAAUGUGGGAGAGACUCUGUGAAAUAACUGGAAUGUCUGCAUGAGAGAAAGCUUAACGACUCCGACUGGUCCUCGAACGCAUCGCCUCUCUAAAGGAAUGAAUCAGUCUGACAGAUGAAAAGUAAAGCUUAUUAAAAAGACCUGAGAACUUCUUAAAGUGGAACUCAACCUGCUGUGGAAGCAAAGCCCGCCGCCCAAAAAUCUCAAAAUUCUGGGCGGAGCCAGAACACAGUUAGGGGCGUGGCUAAGCGUGUGAAUGAGCAGAGCGGGUAAAGUGGGGCUGUGGCGAUGGCUGUGGCCCUGUUGUCAGCUUAGUAAUAGCUGCUAUAGUUAGCGACUUUUUUUAGCAACAGUAACUACUGACAAAUCUAGCAACUUUUUCCAAAAAAAGCUUCUAGCAACAAAUUUAACGCCUUUUUCCCCCAAAAAUCAACAGACCAAACUUGCAACUUUUUACAAAAAAGCGACUAGCUUCCAACCUAGCGACUUUCUUUCUUUUUGUUUUUUUUACAGCGACUAGCGACUUUUUCUUCUUUAUUGGAGACUUUUAUUGUGACAUGUGAAAACACCAGCUGCUGUCAGAGUGAGAUGGUUUUAUGGUUUUAUCCCUGAACGCAGGGCUGUGUGACGUAGACAUGAACCAAGCUGGAACCAAUAGGAAAAUUCAUCUGCAGUACCCCCAUUUCAACCAUAAGAGGGCAGCACUGAAAUGGCUCUAGGCUAAAUAUUGCAGAAUUAAACAAAUUUACACUAAAAUGUCACAUUUUACACAGAAACAAAGUUAUCAACCUUAAGGACAAAACUAGACUAAUUAAAUGAAAACAGUUGAUUAUGGGUUUAGUUCCUCUUUAUUGAGGAACUAAACCCAUAAUUGGCCUGGUUCAGUCUGUCAGUCACUAGGUUGUCUCCAACUCCAGGUCUGUAGAAAUCUGAUGUCUGUCUCAGUUUUAGAGAAGUAUUUGGAGCUUUACGCGGUGGGAGGGCCGGAUCGAUAUGUGAGUUUGUUUUUGUUUGUCCGUUAGCUGCUAGCUGCUAGCUGUGCUGUUGUUGCUGUGUGCUGGGCUAAUGUUUGUGUUUUUCCUCCGUCUUUGUGUUAAAGCAGCUGAGACGUUCAUAUGUAGAGGGCUGUACAGGCAGUGAAAUGAUCCGGUUCAUUUUCAGAUAAAUGAACGAAGCUGUUAACUUUCGGCUUCAUUAGCCUAGCUUAGCAAACGGUGGGAAUGCAAACCUGACGCCGUGCUUGGCUUUCAUUCACUUUCAAACAAACUUCUACUUUCCUAUCCAACUGGCUUCAUCAUGGAACCAAAAAAGUUUUUGUUUCAUUUAGUAAAACAAUGAAAUGUUAUUUAAACCAAAAACAGUUCAGUAGAAGCUCAAGCUUACUGACUUAUUUUUAUCUACAAACACUGAGACAAACAGAGACUCAGUGAUUGAGCUCUGGGGAAUCCAGCACUGAUUUUGUUUAUUGUUUUUGUUUAUUGCUGCGGCAUUUUUGGAAGGUUUUAUUAUUCAGCAACUAGAUAAAUAUGAGACAGUUGAAUAUAGUGUGGUGUUUAUUAGGUUACACAGCCCAAAACUAACAGAAUUAAUCUGGGUCAGUUGUCCUGUCAUAAGAGUAGGAAACUGGGGUUAAUUAUUAAAAGUUAUAGUUUAAAACCAAAUCUUUAGCUGGCAAGCUAAAUAUUUAGUUUUAAGUAAAUAUGGAUUUUGGAGCAAGGUAAAUAUUGAGCUUGCUAACUAAAUAUUUUGAAACUGACAUUAAACAUUUAUGAAAAAAAUUGUGAAAAUAUGACUGAGCAUUUAAGCCCAUUUUCUUCCUUAUGGCAGGUUAAAUAACCCAAAUUAUUUUUUGUUUUUUGGUAUCUCAUAGUAACCUGAUAUUUCUGUGUUGACUGACGUAGACAGGCAUCUGUUUCCACUGUAAGCGCUAAGCUAGGCUAACUUCACUCUGGUGAUUGUUUUGUACAAAAACACGAUUCAAUCUCCAGCAGAGAUGAAGGAUUCUCUAUGGAAACCUAUAAAACCACUUUAGAGAAAUAAAAUGCUACAUGGCUUACCAUAGAUAUGACAAAGUUUUGAUUUUUACUUUGAAGUUUAAAUAUUUGAUGGAAAGUUUCAGAAGUUUGACUUUUAAUGUCAGAAUUAAAGUCUAAAUUAGGACUUUGAAUCUGAUGACAACUUCAAAAGUAACCAUGACUUUUUUCAUAUUAUGACUGAAAAUCUAAAUUAUUACACUUGUGCUCAUAUUUCUAACUUUGUAUCUCAUAUUUAUAUCCAAUUAUUAUCAUUUAGACUUUUUUUUUAACUUUCUACCACAGUUAUGACUUUAAAGUCAUAUUUCUGAUCUUGCAUCCCAUAAAACGUCUAAGUUAUGACCUUGAUUAAUUGCAACUUCUAAAGUCAUAUUUAUAAGUUAUGAUCCAUUUUGCGAUUAUUCCUUCCUCUCUAGUGGCACAUACGGGCCUCCAUAGUUUCACUGACCUGUGGACUUGAAGUGUUGGGCUGGAGGAACCAGAUAUGGCAAACCUUUAUUAUAAAGUGCAUGUUUCCUGUAGCUUGAGGCAGGUGACGUUUCGAUGCUAAUUCACCAAAUGUGCACUUUUUCCAUCAGAUGAACAAACACCUGGAGAAAACAGGUGGAGCUUUUAUUUAUCCUUCAUGCUGAUUGUUUGGAGAAUGUUUUAUUUACGCAAUCCUGACUGGGCGGCGCUGCAAUGAUGCAACAGCUGCUGCUGCAGCUGAUUGGUGGUCUGGACUCCAUGCGCUCUGUGUUUUGUUGCAGUGCAUGCAGCUGAGUAGGAACAGCAAACAUCUGCUCUGUUUCUCAUUUUUUAUGCAUCUGAUCAGAUUAUGGUGCUGCAGACGGACAUGCGUUACUAACAAAUGUUUCAUAUUUUCAAAGGAUUUCCACACAUCUGAACUCUUUUGUUUAUCAUCAUUUCUUUGUAUCAUUCUGUCAUUUGUAAUAAACUGACUCCAUGCA